ACUCUGUUUGUUCUGUGUCAUAUUGUGGCUGACGCGACAGCAGGGAUUUCGUACUUUUUUUUUUCAUUUAAUUAAGCAUGUCAUGCAUCUUCCAAUCGAAACAAAUAACCCAAACAUAUUCAUUGUUAUGAUUCAACCACAGCAUUAAUCACACUUUUUUCACGUCGAAAAAAUGUGACACUUUAAUAAGCGUAUGGGCUUAUCAGCAUAUAGCAAUUUGGCACAAAUUUAGGUUUAUUUAUCAAUUAUUCAAAAGAAAACUACAAAUAAGAUAUCAGACGUAUUCAAAUUCAUAUUUCAAGACAAUUCUAAGCCAUGCUCAUGCAAUUUCGAUAUGAACGACACACUUGUAAUUUUUUAUUUGAAUCGCGCGCCAUUCUAACAUUCUAAAGUAGACAUUUCGAAAUAUGCUUUGUCCGUACAUGUGUAAUAGUUUCGAAAUGUCAUUCUAUAUUUGACGGAAAGUAUACUCGUUGGUUGUGUUUAAUCAGUGUUGUUCUUCUUUUUUGCUUUCGUGUGAUAUCAAUAAAAAUUGUGUUAUCAGUUUUGACCAACCAAAAAAAAAAACAAAUAGUAAAAAAAAAUUAUGUUAUAAGUAUUCCAUAUAAGUGUUCAAUUGAAAGCAAAUCCUAAACUCGACCCGAUAAACCUAGUGCUAAACCACUAAUUCAAAUUGGUUUGGUGCAUUUAGAAUGAUACAUAACAAUGAAAAAGAUACGCUUCCAUUGUACAGCAACACGACCAAUUCAAUUAGCAACGAUGAUGUUAGACCGAAAACAAAAUCAGCGAAUAGCUCGACCGCGGCAAAAGGAAUGCACAUCUUAUGCUUUGAUCUGAGCAAAUACAAUGCACAAACACAAUUCAUAUUGUGUUGCAUCGGUGUUUUUGUUUUGUACAUUUUAUAUGGAUAUUUCCAAGAGUUGAUUUUCUCACUUGAUGGAUUUAAACCGUACGGAUGGUUUCUGACGCUUAUCCAAUUCGGAUACUAUACGAUUUUUGGUUACUUCGAACGCCGAAUUCAGAAUCCCGAACAAUGUGGCGUGAGAAAAAUUCCAAUGCGCACAUAUGCCCUUCUCGCAUUACUCACGCUCGGUACUAUGGGACUGUCUAACUCUAGUUUAGGCUAUUUAAAUUAUCCAACUCAGGUGAUAUUCAAGUGUUGUAAGUUGGUGCCAGUUCUGAUUGGUAGCAUUCUGAUACAGAAAAAGAGCCAUGGUCCAUUGGACUUUAUGGCUGCCAUCGCCAUGUGCAUCGGCUUGGCGACAUUUACUCUAGUGGAUUCAACCAUAUCGCCCAAUUUCAAUAUGAUCGGUGUGAUAAUGAUAUCAACGGCUUUGCUCUUCGAUGCUGUGAUUGGGAAUGUGCAAGAGAAGGCGAUGCGUGAGCACAAAGCAAACAACGUGGAAGUUGUUCUUUACUCCUAUGGAAUUGGCUUCAUUUAUUUGUUGAUUGUUUUAACAUUGACCGGUGAUUUAUUUCCAAGUUUACGAUUUUGUGCCACUUAUCCAAUACAAACCUAUGGAUAUGCAUUUCUCUUCAGUUUAUCCGGUUAUUUGGGGAUUCAAUUCGUAUUGACAUUGGUUCGAACAAGCGGUGCGACACUCGCUGCCACCGUUACCACUGCACGAAAAGCUGUCACUAUUGCACUAUCAUUUUUAUUCUUCAGCAAACCAUUUAGUGUACAAUACAUCUGGGCCGGUUUGCUUGUUGUUCUAGGCAUUUAUUUAAACAUAUUUAGUAAGCGUAACAAAUUGACAAUGAAGGAACUUAUCGCUAAAAUAAGGAUUUAUCUAAAAUUUCCGAAAAAAGCGCGACACGUGUAUGAGCGUCAUCAGAAAGAUGCCAUGUUCGAAGUAUAAAAUGUUAAGAAUAUGCUUAGCCACAAAUAAUUGUAAAUAAAGUAUUAGAUUUUAUUAUUAUUGGCAAAGUUUUAGGAUUAAUUACAGGCGCAAAUAAAACGAAAUUUUUUCAAUUGAAUCCAAAGUCAAUAAA